AUGUACGACCCCGGCGUCGGUGGCAACUACGCCGCACUGAACAACGAGCAGUGGGAAUCGACCCACAACUGUGGCCGAUGUGCCGAGGUCUCCUGUGACGACCCCAGAUGCAGCGACACGACCAGCACACAGAUCGUCUACAUCGUCGACAGGUGUCCGGAAUGCAAGCAAGGUGACCUGGAUCUGUCCCCGACCGUGUUCAAGGCACUCACAGGCAGUGACCCGUCCCGCUACACCAUCAAAUGGAAGUUCGUCGAUUGUCCCGUAAGUGGCAACGUCCAAUACUGCACCAAAAGUGGCAGUAGCAGCUCGUGGCUAGCCAUUCAGCCCGCAAAUUUUGCCAAUGGUGUGGCCAGCAUGAAAAUUGCCAACCAGGAUGUGACGAUGGUGGACUCGUGCUUUUAUUACCUUCUGAACGGCGGAUCGAACGUCGACAUGUCGGCGGUGAGCGUUGAGCUCACCUCCGUCUCGGGUGAGACCAUCACUCAGACGCUGUCGCUGAUAGCCGACAACUGCACGGAGGGCACGUCCAACUUCGGCGCUAGCACGACGCAACAGAGCUCGACACCUACCAGCCAGACCGCCCCGACACCUACGACUGCCGCUCCUACACCCACAAUAUCGACUGCUGCUCCAACGCCGACACCUACGACUGCACCACCGGCAACUCCGGCACCGGCACCUACGACUGCAACGCCGACCACUACGACCGCGACACCCACGUCGUACACUUUCGCCAGCAGCAGUGCGUCUCAGUCCCAGACUCAGACGCAGCAGACGUCGUACACUUUCACUAGCAACAGUGCGUCUCAGUCUCAGACUCAGCAGAGCGAGGUGACGGCAGUCGACGAGUCAGGCAGCGGCGUGUCUAUUCUACAGUCCAGUGAGGCCGGCGUCGAAAAGACGCCCAGCACCCAGCAACAGGACGACACUGACGACACGAAGCAGACUGCCAGUUCCGACACCAAGCAGGCAAACACCAAGUCUGCGGCGGACUCGUCAGGCACGAGUCCAGUCGUUGUGGCACUCAUCGUGCUGGCAGUUGUCGGCGGUAUCGCCCUGGCCGCCAUCGCAUACGUCGUUAAGAAGAAAAAACUGGACGACAAGCGAAUCGACCGCGAUGAAGCCAUGAUUCGAUCCUUCGACACGUUCAGCUCUCCAAUCGAAAUUAACGCGACCAACAUUGCCAAGAUUUAG